CACAGCUGUCUGCGUUGCUGGGUAUGUAAAACAAAAGCAGGAGCUUUCUCGUCUGAGUGGAAAGGUUCGUGCUGCAAAACGUUCUUUGUGGGAAGCUAUUUUCUGUUCUAAACGAUGGCGACCGACUGCGAGGCUUGGCUGAACGCUAACCCUGUUGAGGCUGAGGUCCUCAGCGAUUCCUUCAUUUCAGCUGAGGAAGACAAUGGAGGAACUGGUGUCUCCAAUAAGAACAUCAUCAUCAACAACGAGAUCAAUGGGAACUGGCUGUCUUCCUCCAGCAACAACAUCCACGAGGCUCGGCUGAAGGCAAAGGCCAAACGAAGGCUGCGUAAAAACUCCUCCAGGGAUUCAGGCAGGGGGGACUCCCUCAGUGACAAUGGGGACGUAGUGAGAGGAACCUCUAUGGCACCGACAAGUCCCAAAAGCAAGCUGCUCGACCGAAAGUCCCGAAUGGGAAAGGGCAGAGGCCUGCCAAAAAAAGGUGGGGCUGGAGGAAAGGGUGUGUGGGGACGAUCGGGUGAAGUCUACGAACCCGUGGAAGUGGACAAGAAAGACCCCAACUUUGAUGAAGAUCAGGAAAACUGUGUGUACGAGACUGUGGUGCCUCCGCUGGAUGAGAGGGACUUUGAGAAGACUGUUACCCCUAUAGUGCAGGAAUACUUUGAACAUGGAGACACCAAUGAAGUAGCUGAGCUGCUUGCAGAGAUGAACCUGGGGCCCAUGCGGAGCGAGGUGCCCUCACUUGCUGUGUCUCUGGCCCUGGAGGCCAAAGCGAGCCAGCGGGAGCUUACCUCCAGGCUACUAGUUGACCUGUGUGAAAGUGUUCUUUCCCCCAGCGACAUGGAGGUCUCUUUUGACAAACUACUCCGAGAUCUGCCAGAUCUGGUCCUGGAUACACCUGGGGCGCCUCAAAUGGUGGGCCAGUUCAUUGCUCGGGCUGUUAGCGACCAAAUACUGUCCAAAAGCUACCUAGAGAGCUACAAAGGCAAAGUCGACUGUGAACAUGCGAGAGCGGCUCUAGAUCGAGCAGCUGUGCUGCUCAAGAUGAGUAUGGGUGGUCUUCGUAUUGACAACCACUGGGGUACAGGAGGAGGCCAGAGACCUGUCAUUCAACUCAUCAAAGAGAUGAACCUGCUUCUUAAGGAGUACAUCUUGUCUGGUGAUAGCAAGGAAGCAGAGAGAUGCCUUCGUGACCUGGAGGUCCCACAUUUCCACCAUGAAUUUGUAUAUGAGGCAGUCGUGAUGGUUUUAGAGUCCCGAGGGGAGAAAACAUUCAAAAUGGUGCUGCAGCUACUCAAAUCACUCUCUCUGUCCUCCAUCAUAACCAUGGACCAAAUGCGAAGGGGCUAUGAAAGAGUUUACAUGGACAUCGAGGAGAUAAACAUUGAUGUUCCUCUUGCAUAUUUUAUCCUGGAGCAAUUUGUGGAUAAGAGCUUUCGCAUGGGAAUCAUCAGUGUAAAGCUAAGAGACCAAUGUCCCCGCAGGAACCGAAAGAGGUUGGUCAGCGAAGGAGACUGUGGAGUUGUGAAAUUUUAACGGUACUAAGGAGGCCUUCUUAUGAGCCAGAAUUCCUGAAAAGAAGUGGAAAUACUUAACCUUUUUACUUGCGUAUUUUGAAAAAAUAGUGAAGUAAAAUGUUCUCCCUUCUAACGGUAUAAUUCUGGAAAAAAAAAAAAAAAA